UGGUGGAGCCGGGGGAGGAGGCACCGGCGGGGGCCGGCACAGGAGUCAGGGAUUCGUUCUGCGGUCCCCCAGAGUGCUGGACCAGCGGCGGUCCCCAGUCCCCCGGCCUGCGCCCGCGCCCACUGCACUGGAUCUCCCGGGGCCGAAGCUCCGGUGGCUGCGGGAGGUGGGUGGAGGGAGGAUCGGAGGGCGCGGGCGCCCUGUGCACUGUGCAGGCGGGAGGCGGCCGGGGGCCGGGACGCCAUGUCCAUGGAGGACCCCUUCUUUGUGGUGAAAGGAGAGGUGCAGAAGGCUGUCAACACUGCCCAGGGGCUGUUUCAGAGAUGGACAGAGCUCCUCCAGGACCCCUCCGCGGCCACCAGGGAGGAAAUCGACUGGACCACCAACGAGCUGAGAAACAACCUACGGAGCAUCGAGUGGGACCUCGAGGACCUGGACGAAACCAUCAGCAUCGUGGAAGCAAAUCCUAGGAAAUUCAAUCUCGAUGCAACUGAGUUGAGCAUAAGAAAAUCCUUUAUCACAAGCACUCGGCAGGUCGUCAGGGACAUGAAGGACCAGAUGUCAGCCUCAUCCGUGCAGGCAUUAGCUGAAAGGAAAAACAGACAGGCACUGCUGGGAGACAGUGGCAGCCAGAACUGGAGCACUGGAGCACCGGACAAAUAUGGGCGCCUGGACCGCGAGCUCCAAUUAGCCAACUCUCAUUUCAUCGAGGAGCAGCAGGCUCAGCAACAGCUGAUCGUGGAGCAGCAGGACGAGCAGUUGGAGCUGGUCUCUGGCAGCAUCGGGGUGCUGAAGAACAUGUCCCAGCGCAUCGGCGGGGAGCUGGAGGAGCAAGCAGUCAUGCUGGACGACUUCUCACACGAGCUGGAGAGCACGCAGUCUCGGCUGGACAACGUGAUGAAGAAGCUUGCGAAAGUAUCUCACAUGACCAGUGAUCGGCGCCAGUGGUGUGCCAUAGCCGUCCUGUUUGUGAUCCUGCUGGUCGUGCUAGUCCUCUUCCUCGUGCUGUGACAGCCCAGGAGCCGGGAGGAGGGCACGCAGUCCGCCCUGGGCCAGCUUGCACCAUCCUCUCCUGAAAACACAGCCCGAGCUGACUUUUCUCUUUGCGACCCACCACUGAGACAGCUCCUCCGUCCCAGUGCUGCAGGGACCGGUGGGAAGGGGACGUAACACCUGCACACUCCAGGCGCCGCCUCUCCUGACCUGAGGACAGCUCGCCAUGGCCUUGCCUCUCUGGACCUCGUUCCCUGUGGAGGGCCUCUGAGGAAUCCAGAAAACUCUGCAGACUCAGUGAGUGUUCGCCACUGAUCCUUCCAUCCAUCCUUGGCGGCCUCCUCCUGCUCAGACAGCAGCUACUGUCCCCUCCAGAAGGACCCCGUCAGGAACGGGGCUCUUCUGUCCCCUCCACUGCCCGAGAACUGGUGUCAUGGGGCCAGAAGGCCCAGAAGCAGUUUGUGUCAGAAGACGCUGCGGUUCUUUCUUCGGGGAUCAGGCUGCUUUCCCAGGCGUAUCUCUUUGCGGUGAGAACAACGGAGGGGAAACAGUGAGCAGCACUGCACUCUGGGAGUGCCGACAUGGGCGUCUUGACUUGGAGGAAGGGCAGCGUGACCCUGAGUGGGCACGGCUGGGCGAAGGGUGGACAAGGCCCUGGGAGGUCACAGCCUGGCUGAAUUCAGGCGGUUGUCCCAACAGCCUCUCCCUCUCCCCGCAGAGGUGUAAUUUUUAUUUUUAGGGUGACCCUUAACCUAUGGCUGCUGAGCGGCCCACUUGAAUGGAUUUAGACCCUGUCACACUCUGCCUUGGCAGGAUGGGCUUGGGAAGGGGUGGCACAUGUAUCACACGUAGUUAGAAACUGCGAUGACAGAAAAGGCUAGUUCUGGACCAGGCUGUCCUUGCCUUGUGAGUAAUGGCAAAAAGGGUAGGCGAACUAUUUUUUCCCCCUAAGCUGACAUCUCGAUUUUUAUCUGCAUUCCAAUCACUGAGCCAAUCCAAAUUUAAACAACAUAUGCUUCAGUUGAGUUUUAGUUGCUGAGACACUAAACUUCGAGCUUCUGGUGACUCUGUAAAUGCUUCCACGCGCACAUGUACAUGGCAUAUUUUUGUAACCGCCCCCCGACCCCCCACGAGCGGCCUAAUAUUGCAGCAGCGGCCGAGCGGCGCCGGAGCCCGGCAGCCACGCUGCAUCUUCACCGCCACCCUUUGCACGCGCAAAACACAGUGGCCUCUGGACAGUUCUAGCGCUGGCUUCUCACCUCAUCUUUUGGGGUCCAUUCCUAACUUUUCUUAAAACUUUUUCUUGUUUUGUCUGUAUUUCUUUGUUUUCAUUUUGUUUUGGUCUCUUUUUUUUUUGUGAUUUGCAAUGAUGUACUUGCCCAGCUAACUUUUGAAUUGCACUUUUUAAUAAAUAUUUGUAACAAUUUUUAAAGGGUAUUUUCUCAUGUUUAGGAUCGUGGCAGGUGAGGGAAUCUGCACACCUAUGAAAGCUGAAAGUAGAUUUAUAAAACUGAAAGGGUGGUUGGCAUCUGUGUUUACAUUCAACACCGUUUGAUAUAUAAAUAUUUCUUCUUACAUUAGGAAAAAAAGGUGAUUAUUAGAAAGGGCUUCAGAUGGAGAGUACUAGAGUAUUUGUUUCACUAAGUUUUGAGACUUACUCAAAUAGUCUUCUUACGAACUGAGACCAGGCGGUCCUUAGGUUUGCACCAGAAUACACAAGUCUUGGUUACGACUCUGUGAGAACGGGGGGCUUGUCCUGGGAUUCGCACCCUCUCUCUCCGCGCCACACCGAGCGCCCGGAUGCUGGCCCACGUGACCGCCGCACCUCGAAGCCAUGCCGUGGUCCUGCUCUCCCCAGGUCUGCUGUGCCCUGCAGACCUGCCACGUGUGUGCCGGGAGGGCCUGCUGGGAACACGCCUGACCCUUGAUGAAUAGAUGGAUACUUCCCUGACUGACUUCAGGGACCAAGUUGUGUGACCCCGAGGCUUACUCACUCAACGUUUGGAGAUAUUUGGAAUGGACAUGCCCACCCCACCAAUUUCAGUGUUGGCUACAGUGACUACUGCGGACCAGACUCGGCAGAUGCUGAACAGAGAAACACUCGGAAAGAGGACACGUGCUGAGAACACGAGCUCUAGGCGCAAUCUCCCUGGGGAGCUGCUGCGGUCCAUGCUCGAAGGGGCCGUUCCUUGGCAGCCACCUCUUCAGGUAUUCCCGAGCUGGCUCUGCCCCAGACUGCACUCCCAGCCCCACCGGCUUCGACCCCAGGUCCGAGCCUGUUGCACCCGGACUGGGCUGUCACUAUAGACAGGAGGUCAUUUGAAAGCCCUCCACUCGGCCUCCAAACUGGUGAUCGAAGAGGAUAAGCCGGGGGCUUAGGUUAGGCUUAGGCUGCUAGAGUCACAUCCUUUAGUGGCAGAGCUGGGCUCCUUUCCUCCUUCAGUCCUCACACCUCACCCCACAUUCAUCACCGAAAGAACCGGCAGAAUGAGAUGGAUAACAGAGAAAGAACUCCAUUUGUGUUUAUGGGAAGGACACGGCACUAACCACUGACUUGGAGGUAGAGGGAACACUGACCACAGAGUUUGCCGGGAUGGGGCCCAACUGCAAAAGUAAAACACGCUUGGUUUUUCAGUCGAACAUUUGACCUCGUCUUUGUGCGCGCCGCUGCGGUGCGGCAGCUGUGUCACAGGAGGAUCUUCACGCCCGGGCCCAAGGGGGAGAAACUUGGUGACUUGCCCAUCAUUCUCUGCUUUUAGCCAGAGUUAAACAGACUGAUGGGUUUGGGAGCCAACGACUUGGCAACCUCCCCUCCUUCUCACCUCGUGAGAUUAGGGCUGUGAAGAGAAAUCCAGUCUAACUCCAAGAGAAAUCUGUCUCUGUUAAGGGCUGCACCUUCUGUACGUGAAGGCGGCGGAGCCAGGAUUCUGCUCUUGGUAAUUUUCCUGGCUGUAAAGUGGGACUGAGCUUCCCAGAGAAUGCAUAGCACUGGAAGAUCUAAAAUCUGAAUGACAGAAAUGCGCUGCUUCUCCACUCUGGACUUUGGACUCUGUGGCUUUGCCUUGUGAAUGGCCGAACAGAUCCGUAAACACCACAACAUUCAGACUGUCUGGAAAGCUUAAGUUCUAAGGACGGGACGCACUUUCUUCAGUCCUCCCUCCCGUCUUUCUCUUGCUGCCUUUUCUUUCCCUCCCAGAUAGUUUAAAAAUUUUUUCCCCUUGAAGAGUGCUCUUUGUUCAUCAUGAGCAGAGAGAAGGUCAAACCAAAAGAUUUGCAGACAUGGAGUCCCUUAGCCGCUGUGUCUUCCCUGACCAAGGGCAGCUCCCGGGGAGUGCUCCGAAGCAGGGCCCUGUGAGGCCGCCAGUGGCUCCUCCCAGAGCCUCCGCUUCCUGAGCUUCCCGAGGCUGGCAGCUGUGUCACCUGGCUGGCACGGUAACAGCAGGUGGUCUUCCUCAAUGGCCAGCUGCCCUUAGCCAGCCCCCAGCCUUCACAAAACAUGCUUAUGCUCAAAGGAAGGAGGCCCUGUUCUCGCAAGGCCUGCCUCCAGCUGUCACUCCCUCCGUGCUUACUUGAUAAUGGUCCCUGGGAAACUGCUGUCUGGGGUCAAGUUCAGAAACAGGGAGAGCAGGGAACAGUCCUGCUGUGGCCCUCCUGGUGAUGGGGCUGACGCUCCAGACCAGCUGACUUCUGGGGUUCGUGUCUCUGACAGUAGUAAGCUCAGUGAACUUCAUCACUUAGUUCAGUCUCCUUGUUUUAAAGAUGAAAUAGCAGCAACUCCUCCAACAGACACGGGAGUCCUUUGAUGCGCUGCAUCCUGAAUUUGGCCCAGGGGCCCUCACAUUCUGGGGCAAGCUGGCCUCAGCAACAUGACUUCAGGGCAGCUGGUAGUGCCUUGUCAUGGUCACCCUGACUGUUUGAUGCCUUUUGCCGCUGGACAAACACCAAAGCUCUGAAAGGGACAGGCACCUGGGUCAUGUUGCUGCCAUCUACAUAUAUUUGGGAGUUCUUUCUUUACUGAUUCGGAUAUUUGGGGAAGUGAGGAAGAAAAAGAAGUAACUUGUUUCCUCGUGACGUAAGUCCUGGCGUUGGUGUUUUCCUUCUGAGGUGACCUUUGUCCUCCCGAGGCCGGGCCAGGGGAGCUGCGCUUCCAUCACCAUAACCUGCCCAAAGCUUGGCUUUCCCAUGGGGCAGCUCAGGGACCAGGUUUGCCAGCUGCGGCCAGAUCCUUGUGAGGAGGUGUGUUUCCCCAUUUCGUUUUUAAGGCUGUGAGCGUUCAAACCCAGAAGCCACCUGGUUCCUUCGGAGGUGUUAGAUACAAGACCACCCAGCUUCGCUGUUCUCUGACCACAGCUUUCCUGGCCCUGGUGGCAGCCGGGGCUUCUCUCCAGCCAAGCUUUCUGUCAGCCCCAGGGUGGGACCAAGUUCAAGGUGGUUCUUCCCUGCUCUGCAGAAAGUAGGUUUAGCUGAGACCCACUACUGAAUGGCAGUUUCGGCCAUGCAAAUAAGGUCUCUUCUGGGAGAGGCAGAUGUCCUAGUCCUCGGGAAAACAGAGUGCUCCGUCAUCCACGUGGAGCAAGCAGAGGCCAGCCAGGUGUCCCUAAUAAGCUAUCAGACCUGCUUGUAUGAGAAAUGCCAUGUGAUUACAUCCUAACUGGCCCAGGCUGGGAAAAUGCCCAGCGCAAGGGGCAGCCUGGAAACCAGGGAAGGGCCAAAGAAAUGAUUAUGGAUUCAUUUUCUUGUUAAGUGGAAAUAUGAUUUUACUGGCUCAUUUGUUAUUAGAAAUGAGUAUAAUUUAAACAUAGAAUGUGUACUACAUGGCAAUGCUCAGCAGGACUAAACUGUCAUAUUUUUCUUCCAAGGAUAAAUAACCUUACGUCGUUUCUUUUUAAAUAACUAGAAGGUACAAACUAAAGAAGUGAGAUCAAAGAUUAGAAGUGAAAAUGCCUGGGUGAUUUCCAGACGGUGCUUCCCCUUGUCCCCCAACCCCCAGCAGGUUGCCAGAAGCCUGGUGUCGGAAGUUUACAGCCCUCGCCAUGGGUAGAUAGGUCUGGCUUCUCUGUACGGUGGGUCUCCCAAGUGUAGGAUCAGCAACAGCAGCAUCUCCUGGGAACUUGUUAGAAACUUAGAUUCUCAGGCCCACCCGACCCGAGGGCUCCCAGAGGGGGUGGGGCCAGCAGGCUGUGUUUUGUCAGCCCCCCAGGAGAUCCUGAGCCCUCUGCAGUCUGAGAACCACUGCUACUGCUUUGUGGGAUUCAGGCUCCAGCGAGCCAUCCCUGCAAAACAAAGCAUCUCUCACGGCGCUCUCUGUGGUCCUGACAUUAAACAAAAUUUGAUGACACUAUAAACUGGAAAAAUGUUUUUAAAUACUUGUGUGAAAUGAAACUUCAGCUAGCUGUCCUUUAAAGUGAUAUUUUUACACCCGAAGUCUAUCAGCAGUGUUUUUUUUUUCCUGCUCUUGAAGUCAUGUUACAACUGUAUAAAGGAUACUAUUCAGUAUUAAAGAGAAAUGGAGAGA